UCACUUUUCCUCCUUCGCCCAUCUUAGAACGACCUAGGUUUUUCUCUAGGGUUUGGGACCGCUCCGGCGCCAGCCUCCUGAAUUCGCUCCAUUUCGGUGUGGUGGUCAGUGGAGCAAUGGAGGAAGGUCGAGGGAUCGAGCCUCCUUUCUCGAGCGGCCAUGAGGACGAUGAAGGUAGCUCUGUGAUCGAGUCUUCUUUCUCGAGGAUUGUCGCUCUCGAACCUUCAAGGUGUGAUCCCAAGAGUGUCGAGACUAGGGAUUCGGAGAAAUCCACCAAAGAAGACGAUGAGGAUGAUUGGGACCGUGGAGAAGCUGCUGAAGCUUCGUCGGUCCCUUCACGUGAUGAAGGUGAGGUGCCGUCUGUAGCUUCGGAGGUUAGCGAGGACGCUGCGCUGCCAAGACGGCAUGGGAGGGGAUUCUUUUUGUACCAAAAGAGUUGUCUUUUUAGCGAACAGAAGGAUGUUCCGAGCCAUUUCGGCGAGGAUUCCGAUCCUAACAUUGAUUCUGAUGAGCAGAAUCAAAUGAGAACUAACAAGUUUGGAACCAGGCAUGUUAUUGUUCUGUAUGAUUUCCCACAAAGUACUCGAACGACAGACCUUGAGAAACUACUGGAGAGGUUCAAAGAACAUGGCUUUGCAAUUUGGUGGGUUGAUGAUACUACAGCCCUUGCUGUGUUUCGAACACCGGAAAUUGAGUGAUGAUAGUGAUGGCCAUAAAGAGGGUUGUGUCCCCGAAGGACGGGAAGGUUGAGAAUUAACUGCUGAAUUAGAAAAAUUUAAGAAUCGCUGGAAUCAAGCUAUGCUGGAAGAUGAGAAUUGGAAUGAUCCUUUUGAUCAUCAAAGAAGAAAGAACUCAGACGAUGAUCAUCAGUCAAUCUGAACCAUUACAAUUUUAAAGAAAAAGCAUUUCCACUUGUUCAUUCUGCUGGCGAUGACUUUUAAUG